AUCAAAACCUCCAAAGCCAGUCUACUAUUAGUAGUAUCAAAAGAUGGAGUCUCCACUUCGUUUCUUGGCUUUCUUUUUAAUCAUUGUGAUUGCUACUACUGUUGAUGCUAGGCAAGAUCCAUUUGUUCGACGGGCCACUUCAACGACACCUCUCCCUAUGAAGAAAAGACAUUGUCACGUGUCGGAGAAGGCAACAGACAGAAAGUCCUUCCACGAAGAAUUUGAACAAAGACCUAAUAUUUCGGUUAAUGACAAUGAAGUGAGUCCAGGUGACAACAACAAAGAUUUCGAGCCACGACCAAAUGUUUUAGUCUAUGAUGAUAGUAUAAGUUUAAAAGGUAAGAAGACGUUUGAGCCAAAGUCAGACAUCUCGGUUGAUUAUAACAGUGCAUAUAUAAAAAGUAAGAAGACAUUUGAAGAAGAGUUUGAGCCAAGACCAAAUAGCUCGGUUUAUGAUGAUGGAGGUAAGAAGACUUUUGAUGAAGAGUUUGAACCAAGACCAAAUAGCUCAGUUUAUGAUGACGGAGGUAAGAAGACUUUUGAUGAAGAGUUUGAACCAAGACCAAAUAGCUCGGUUUAUGAUGAAGGGUUUGAACCAAAACCAAAUGUUUAGGUAUACGAGGGUUAAUGUUUUAUCAGGAAAAAUAAGGUUUAUUAAUUACCAUUCAAUUUCUAGUAAUGUAGUAUGAUUUGUGGAUUGAUGUAUUUGAGGCCAAAAUAAAUUGGCUUUCCUGUCUUGUAAUCUUGCUUCUAAAUUUGGAAAUUCAGCAUAUUUUUCUAUAAA